GUUGCGUUGCGUUGCUCUGCCAGCCAACUAGCGCCUCGUCAACAAAUAGGUCAAGGCAAGCAUGCAAGCAAGCAAGCACAACUGCAAUUGGUAUCCCAAAGAUCCAGAUCCAGCUCCAUGUCAACCCCAUACUAACCAAACAGCUCUUGCAAGACAUACCCAUUGACCGAUCGAUACUUUGUUACAUUCGUUUUUCUCUCCUUCGUUGACUUGAAGCUCUGCUCAAUGGCUACCCGCGUUCUCGAAUCCCGCUUCGAGCGGAUGUCAGUGAACGACGAGAAUGAUCCUGGCGAUGGAAGCAAGUUCCAGAAGUCGAAGAUGACAGCAUCUACGACCUCAUCCUCCCAAUUAUCGCAGAAUGCGAGUCGCGCCAACCUUCUCAAGAUCGCUCUUCAGAAUCAAAACACAACAAGCACAAUAGUCACGGUCCCCUCCCAGGCUGCGCAAUGGCGAGCUUCCAACAUGCAGAAUGGCUCUCCACCAAGAAAAGGAGGCUCCUCGCGAGGAUCGGAAGAAGUCAUCAGAAUCGAGCGCAAAUCCAAUCCAAUGUACGAGCAACCUGCUCCACCAAAACAGUUUCAUCUCGGCAUGUUCGAGAUUGGUCGGCCCUUAGGCAAGGGAAAAUUCGGACGUGUAUACCUUGCGAGGGAACGCAGCUCUGGAUAUGUAUGCGCUUUGAAAGUGCUGCACAAGAACGAAAUUCAACAAGGGAAGGUCGAGAAGCAGGUCCGGAGAGAAAUCGAGAUUCAAAGCAAUCUCCGACAUCCCAAUAUCCUUCAAUUAUACGGACAUUUCCACGAUAGCAAGAGAAUCUUCCUGAUCCUCGAAUUUGCCGGAAAGGGAGAGCUGUACAAACAUCUUCGUCGGGAGAACCGGUUCCCAGAAUGGAAGGCUGCUCAGUACAUUGCUCAAAUGGCUGCGGCUCUGAGGUUCCUGCACAAGAAGCAUGUAAUGCAUCGAGAUAUCAAGCCGGAAAAUAUUCUUGUUGGUAUCCAUGGCGAGAUCAAGAUCUCCGAUUUUGGAUGGAGUGUUCACGCACCAAACAACAGGAGAAACACCAUGUGUGGAACUCUAGACUAUUUGCCUCCGGAGAUGAUUAAGCCAGGGAGCCAGGACAACUACUACACAGAGAAGGUUGAUUUAUGGAGUUUAGGAGUAUUGACGUAUGAGUUUUUGGUUGGAGAAGCACCUUUUGAGGAUACUCCAGUUAUGACCCAGAGGCGGAUCGCGAGGGGAGAAAUGACAGUCCCAAGUUUUGUGAGUCCAGAAGCAAGAGACUUGAUUAAGAGACUUCUCGUCCUGGACCCUGAGAAGAGAAUCCCUCUAGAUCAAGUUCAGAAACACCCCUGGAUCAUCAAGCACUGUGUAAAGGGCGAACGGGCAAGCAUGCGAGAUUCAAAGUCGACUGGCAGUAAGAUGAGCGAGCGUGAUGAUUAAAAUUAACGAGUUAACGAGAGGAGGCUGGCGUUUUGGGGGCAUGGAGGCAUUUAUAACGUUUGAUACAAGAUGGAUGGCAUGAUUUUUUGGAGUCGGAGUUCAUUAUAUUCCUGUACGCCUACGCUGACCAGUAUAAUCAUGAUAAGCAUAACUGCCUGUGAUGUUCUACAUGUUGAUACAACCCUAUGUCCCAAAUCUAUCUGUAAAUGCCGUCAAAUGGGCGGGUAUCCGCGAAACAAGAAUCCCAUACUUCAUUGACCACCUUCACUGCCUGUACAUCGUCUUUGCAAGAUGGCCUGUUCAUCACGGAUCUUACUGCUCUUGAUCUUACACAGUUCUGAUGUUGUUGUGUUAAAGUCCAGUUGUUCCUCGUCCAGAAUUCUCUCAUCCACCUACACUCUCCACUCAAACUUGAAGCCCGAAUCUACUUCGUUUUAGUUCGAUCCUCUCAAUUGACAGCACUGAGACUAAACAUACCUCUGUACAAGCCGCAUGCCUCAAAUCUGCCCAAUCAACCUUCCACCUCAAAUGAUCCCAAGCAUGCACCAUCUCGUGCGCCAACGUAUCCUCCAAAUGCUUCUUAUCCCUCAUCUCAUUCGCACAGAUCAGAAUCCCAUGGUCUGGACUGAAACCUCCUCCUUGCCUAACCCAGUUUCCAUUCUCAUCCUUUCGCGUCGGACACCUCCUACAGAUAACAUUUCCCGCAUGUAGAUCACCAUUCAAAGCCUCAAUGUUCUUCUUCAUGAAGAUGACCGUAGGCGAGUACUGGAAACACCAAUCCCUCCACUCGUCGCAUUUCUUGCAGUCCGCAGCCUCGUUACGUAUGUAUGCUGCCUCACGGAACUCAUGCUGCCCUUCUGUGGUCAUGCGCCCAGUGAGUAUGUUCCAGUAAUUGCUCCAUUUGGCUGUCGGGUCAUAGCCUGUUUUCGCGGGAUCGUUCGUGGGCGUAUUCGAGCUCGUAAUUUGGGCUUUGGGCCUAUCAUCUGCCAUUUUGAUGGUUUCCAGGCUCUUCGAUAUCUAGAGAAGAGUGUACUCGGGCGUAGAUAAGGUGUGGUGCUUUGAAAAGGGCAUUGGAGGGCAUUGGCGUUGACUUUUCUGGGGAUGAGGUUGAAGCUUUGGCCAAUCAGGCGAGGAUGAUGACAAGGCUGUGUUUUGCCGAUUUCGCAUCUAAAUAAACUUGACG